AUGUUCACUUUAUCCGUUAAUUUGGACGCCCAGCUGCGCAACUCAUCAUCCGACCUUCCGCAAAUUUUCAAGGGAGUCGUUGCCCACGUCUCUGGAUAUACGCAGCCCCCUCUGCAUGUUUUGCACAAAGAACUAGUGAAGCAUGGCGCUGCCUUCCUCCAAUACCUCGACUCCAAAACUAUGGCCACGCACAUCAUCGCCUCCUCCCUGACGCCGAAAAAAGCGGUCGAGUUCGCCCGAUACCGGAUCGUGAAACCGGCAUGGGUAACAGACUCGAUCAAAGCAGGAAAAUUACUCCCUUGGUCCGACUAUCGCGUUGUAGACGAAGGUCCUAGGCAAAAGGUGCUGAGGUUUGAUGGCAGCAACAUUAUCUCGCAAAAUAACUCUCAGCGUAAGACCGGAUAUCGAGAGCAGACGCAAAAUAGCUUCUAUAACAGCCAGUUUGAAAAGAUUUUGCCUAGAAGCAAUGGCACCCCACGAUCCGCCCUUCCCUCAGAGGCGGCAAAGGCUGGUGAAAACCAAAGCCUCGCCGAUGCAGAACAACUCAAGACCCUAACCUCUGAAGAGUAUAAUGCUUGGCUUCUUACCGAUCCACAUAUACGGAAGUCAUCAUCGGCAAACCCAAAUUUUCUCGCCCAAUUCUAUUCCGAGAGUCGACUACAUCAUCUUUCUACUUGGAAGGCCGAGCUCAAGUCCAAGAUGCAACGAAUGGCCAAUGAGAGGGGAACCGGUCCGAAAAGUGUCAAGAGAGCCCCGGGAUCUCGGAGAUAUGUGAUUCAUGUCGACUUUGACAGCUUCUUUUGUGCUGUGUCGUUGAAGAAGCAUCCCGAGUAUGCCGAGAAACCAGUGGUCGUCGCGCAUGGAAGCGGAACAGGGUCCGAGAUUGCAAGCUGCAACUAUCCGGCAAGAUCCCAUGGGGUCAAGAACGGUAUGUGGAUGAAGCGAGCGCUCGAACUAUGUCCCACUCUUAAAGUUCUUCCGUACGACUUUCCAGCCUACGAAGACGCUAGUCAACAAUUUUACGAGGCGAUUCUUGACGUGGGUGGCGUUGUCCAAAGCGUCAGCAUUGACGAGGCGCUCAUCGAUAUCACGGCGAUUGUCAUGCGUAAUUGCGUGUCCUCUGGCAAGGGUGUUGACGAAGGCAGCCUUUGGCGUGAACAAGAUGCUGCAGACCAGAUCGCCACAAAACUACGCGCUCAAGUCAAGGAGAGCACCGGGUGUGCCGUGUCCGUGGGCAUUGGCGCCAACAUCCUCCUCGCCAAGGUAGCGUUGAGGAAAGCGAAGCCCAACGGCCAAUACCAGAUCAGGCCCGAAGAGACACUGAGCCUCCUUGCCAGCAAGCUCGAGGAACUCGGGGUCAAGUAUGUCAAGGAUCUGCGCGCCACGUCCAAGGAGCGGCUUACGGCCUUCCUUGGGCCAAAAACGGGUGAGAGGCUUUGGGAAUACGCAAGAGGCAUCAACAAGGCGGAGCCACGGGGCUCGCUCCACCCCGCGCUGGCGAGGGCGCGGUACUACGAAUCGGACCCCAAGGCAAAGACUCCCCUCAAUGUCUCGGGAACCCAGUUCAUCCUCCCCUCUAAUCCUGAUCCCGAGGUAGUAGCUCAGCUCCCGCUGGACAUCCGGAGCCGGCUUAUGGGGCAAGGUUCCAAAAGUCCGUCGGCCUCCCAGCAGAACUCUCCAAGUGUCAAGCCCAAACAGCCAGUCCAGCCCGCCGCCCCCGACCUUGGUGAGCCUCUCCCUUCACAGAUUGAUCCCGAGGUGUUCAACGCCCUUCCGGAUGACAUGAAGGCCGAGGUAUUGCUUGCAUACAGGAGGCCAGAGCCCGCCGCUGGGCCCUCACGAUCACCACAUCCCAUAAGGACCGCUACCCCCGAGGAAACCAGCGACACCGACAAAAAAGGUGGUCGACUUGGAUGGGGCAAGACAGCUGAGCGCCAGCGCGACACGCAGGCGGGCCUUAUGCAGACAAACUUUAUGGGACGCGAGGACCCAGUACCCAAUGCAGCGGAAAGCGACUCGGAGGAGCUAGACCCCGACAUCCUUGCGGAACUACCAGAAGAUGUAAGAAAAGAAGUUCUCGAGGACCAUCGCCGGCGACGGCUUGCACGCAAGUCGGGGCUGAACGUCAACCGACCCAACCGCCGCCCCAAUACGGAAACGGAACACCCGCCAAGGGACAGACAAGCCAAGAUUGCGUUCCCACCUCCUCCACCAAAAAUGACCUUUGGGAGUUCGGGCAUCACGUCGGCACAGGGUGUAAAGGACAUGCUUGACGCAUGGCACGCCAAAACUUCAGCGUCAGGCCCGCAUCGCGCCGAUGUCCAGAUGCUGGAGAAAUACCUCUGUCAGGUUGUAGUUGAGGAGAGAAACAUGGAGAAGGCGAUAUCGAUCGUCAAAUACCUCGACUGGAUAUUGCAGGAAGACGAAACGGACGGAAAGGCGAAGCAAGCAUGGGUGAAGGCAUCAGCCAGUGUCAAAGAGGCGGUUCAGGCCGCGGCCAGACAACGAGGGCUACGGGGCUAA